AAUUAUUAUUUUGUCACAUAUCUUUCUCAUAUGGGAGUAAUGCUAUUGUCACCAUAACAGGACAGUACAUAAGAAAAAGAAUAUUGAAAAUGCUUACCUGUGGUAUUUGGGUAAAAAAAGGUAUUGCAAAAGAAGAACCAGAUAAGAUUGCUCUCACAGAGGAGGAUUUGAAACAAAUAUUAGAAGAUACGAAAGACAAAAUAAAAGAUGCUGAUGAGGAAAUCAGUGAUACUGAACUUGAGGAGGCACAGAGGAAAUACAUGGGAGGUUUAGAAAAUGAAGAAGACGAUAUGGAAAAGCAAGGUGUUGUUGCUGAAAAAGAAGUCGAUGUACAAAAAGAAGACAAUGAAAGUGAAACUGAUGAAGCUAUUAGAGCUGAAUAUGGACUGGACAACUAUGAUGAAGAGGGUGCUUUGAUGACAGGAGCAGGAAUGGCAGGCCUAAUGUACUUUGCUUCAACCCAGAAUGACCCUUAUGUGGAUAUGAAGGAUGUGGACGAAGAAGACAGAGAAGAUUUUAUAAUAAAGAAAGAAGACAACUUGUUUGUUGUUGGAAAAAUGGAGGAAGAUUUUAGCUGUUUAGAAGUUUAUGUUUUUAAUGAUGAUGAAGACAGUUUAUAUGUCCAUCAUGAUGUUUUAUUGGAGUCCUUUCCAUUGUGUUUGGAAUGGUUGAGUUAUGACCCAGCUUUACAGGGAAAGUCAGGUAAUUAUGUUGCUGUUGGCACAAUGGAACCAGACAUUCAAGUAUGGGAUUUAGAUGUUGUGGAUACAGUUGAACCUGCUUUUAUACUGGCUGGCAAAAAGAAAAAGAAGAGAAAGAAAAAGCAAGAUGAAAGUCCAGCAGGUGGACAUUCUGAUGCAGUGUUAGGGAUCUCUUGGAACCCAAAUGUCAAAAAUGUUCUUGCAAGUGGUUCUGCAGACACAACUGUUGUAUUGUGGGAUAUGUCAAAAUGCGCAUGUGUACAUACCUUACAACAUCAUUCUGAUAAGGUUCAAUCUGUGAGGUGGCACCCGUACGAGGUUCAAUCAUUGUUAACUGGCGCGUUUGACAAAACGGCUGUAGUUUUGGAUUGCAGAAGUCCUGAGGUGUUCAAGUCGUGGUCACUUACUGGAGAAUGCGAACAGGUUAUGUGGGACCAUUUCUCACCCUAUAAUUUCUUUGUGAGUUCCGACGACGGCGUCGUGUGUUAUUGUGACGUCAGAACAGAUACACCCGUCUAUACAUUGCAUGCUCACAACGAAGCCGUAACUGGAAUGUCACUAAGCGCGGAAAUUCCAGGUUGUUUAACCACUGUUUCUUCUGAUAAAAUGUUUAAAGUUUGGGACUGCCGAGACGACAAGCCGCAAUGUGUUUUAACUCGCGAUGUUAAAAUGGGUGGUAUGAAUUUUGUGACGUCGUGUCCAGACGUCCCAUUAACGUUUGCAAUGGGCGGACAAAAAGACGGCCUUCGAGUAUUGAAUCUUUUGGAAACGACAGCAGGUAAACAACAUUUCCAGAACAGAGAGCGCAUAAAAAAUGAAAAUAGACGCUCAGAAGAAACUCACCCAAAGGCAAGCGAGUCAAAUGUAACCAUGGACACGGCAGAAAACGCCACAGAAGCGUUAGCAACUCUCUCUUUAAAAAUAGACAAUAAAAGUAAUUGUGAAAUAAUUAAGAAGAAGAAAAAGAAGAAGAAGAAGAAAUAAGA